GGGUCAUGGGUCUCGCUCAGCCGUGGGCCACCGUGUCCCCUCUCCCAUGGGAGCCCUUGAUGUCAGGUCACACUCACCCACAGGUGCCAUCAUCCGUGGGUCCCCUCAUUCCCGGUUUACUGCCCCCCAUGGGGUCCCCUUGUCCCUGGGCCACGCUCACCCGAAUGUCCUCAUCCCCAGCGGGUCCCCUCACCCCUGGGUCCUCUGUGACAGCUCUUUUGUGGGUCCUGGUGACCCACAGGUGCCCUCAGCCAUGGCUCCCAUCAUCUCUUGGUUCCCGUACCUGCGCUCCUCUCAUCCCUGGAUCCUCCUGCUCCUGGCUCACCUGUGGGACCCCCGGGCUGCCCUCACCCACGGCUGCCCCGCACCCCUGGAGGUGCUCGGGGUGCUCCGCCUUUCCCAGCGGGAAUGCGCAUCCCUGCCACGUUCUGGAAGCGGCGAGGAGAAAUCCGUGCAGCUCCUAAGCCGGGCUUUAUCUGCCCCGGCGCCCUCGUGGCAGCGGGGAAAUUUGGGCUGAGCUUUCCCAGGACCAUCCUUGGUGUUGCUGCGUCCUUGCCCGUGGGAGUGAGGCACAUCCCGACCCUGCCAUGCCCCUGCCCUCCCCCGCCACCUUCUCUGCCGUCUCCCAUUCCCGCUUCAUCCUCUUCCUGCUCAUGGCCAGCGCCUUUCUGGCCAUCAGGAUGUUUUUCCCUCUAAGCCAAACUCUGCUUUUCCAGAGAUGCUUCCGCGUGGCGCUGAUGGAGCUUUGCUGCUCUGCCUAAUUCUGGGCUGGUUUGUGUUGGUGUUUUUCCACAGGGCUCGCUCUCCCUCUCCGAAUCUUGGAUAGAGCUGGGAUUAAUUCGAGCUCUCUUGCCUGAAAGAGAUGUUCCGUUUAAAAUUCCCAAUCCCGAAGGCAUAUUGGAGUUUGGUUCUAGGGAUGGCACCCGCGGAGCCCGAGGCCGCCCCGGCCCGCCGCUGAGGUGCCCCCCACCAGCCACCCCGAGCCCCCUGCCCAGAGCACGAUGAACAAGCUGCCUUUCCACAACAACAGAGUCAUGCAGGACCGGCGCAGCGUGUGCAUCUUCCUCCCCAACGACGACUCCCUCAACAUCAUCAUCAACGUGAAGAUUUUGUGCCAAGAGUUACUGGUGCAGGUGUGUGACCUCCUGAGGCUGAAGGAUUGUCACCUCUUCGGGCUCAGCGUCAUCCAGAACAAUGAGCACGUGUACAUGGACCUGGCCCAGAAACUCUACAAGUACUGCCCCAAGGAGUGGAAGAAGGAGGCCAGCAAGGGGAUCGACCAGUUUGGGCCCCCGAUGAUCAUCCACUUCCGAGUGCAGUACUACGUGGAGAACGGGCGGCUCAUCAGUGACAGGACAGCUCGCUACUACUACUACUGGCACCUGAGGAAGCAGGUGCUGCACUCGCAGUGUGUGCUGAGGGAAGAGGCUUAUUUCCUGCUCACUGCCUUCGCCCUGCAAGCCGACCUGGGGGACUUCAAGAGGAACAAGCACUACGGGAAGUACUUUGAGCCCGAGGCCUAUUUCCCUGCCUGGGUGGUUGCCAAGAGGGGCAAGGAUUACAUCCUGAAGCACGUCCCCAACAUGCACAAGGACCAGUUUGCCCUGACGGCCUCGGAAGCCCAUCUCAAGUACAUCAAGGAGGCCGUCAAGCUGGACGACGUGGCCGUGCACUACUACAGGCUGUACAAGGACAAAAGGGAAGUGGAGGCCUCCCUGACUCUGGGGCUGACAACACGGGGCAUCCAGAUUUUCCAGAACCUGGAUGAGGAAAAGCAGCUGCUCUACGACUUCCCGUGGACAAACGUGGGGAAACUGGUUUUUGUGGUGACGCCGUCUCCAUCCGUGCCACCACUCGGGUGACAACUCCUCUGUGUGCCAGGGUGUCCCGUGCCCUCCCGGGGGCUCCGCUUUGCCCCGGGGGCCAUGGGAAUCCCGCUGAUUCCGUGCCCCCCUGCAGAGAAGAAGCAGUACCGGGAAUCCUACAUCAGCGACACGCUGGACCUGGACAUGGAGCAGCUGGAGAAGCGCUCGCGCGCCAGCGGCAGCAGCGCCGGCAGCAUCCGGCACAAGCGGCUGUCCCGGCACUCCACCGCCUCCCACAGCAGCUCCCACACCUCCGGCAUCGAGGCCGACCCCAAAGCCCGGGAGAUGGGCCCCGAGGAUGGAUUCUCCGGCGCCGGCGCCCACCGCAAGCUGAAGACCUGCAGCUCCAUGACCAGCCACGGCAGCUCCCACACCUCCGGCGUGGAGAGCGGCGGGAAGGACCGGCUGGAGGAGGAUUCCCAGGAUGACGAGAUCGAGAUGCUGGUGGAUGACCCCCGGGAGCUGGAGCAGGCUGGGGAGAUGGAGGUGAGCCCCGACAUGUGCGUCUACAUCACCGAGGACAUGCUGCUGUCCCGCAAGUUCAACGGGCACUCGGGACUCAUCGUGAAGGAGAUCAGCUCCUCCACCUCCAGCUCCUCGGAGACGGUGGUGAAGCUGCGGGGGCAGAGCACCGAUUCCCUACCCCAGACGACGUGCAGGAAACCCAAGACGUCGACGGACCGGCACAGCCUGAGCCUGGACGACAUCCGGCUCUACCAGAAGGACUUCUUGCAGCUGGCCAACCUGUGCCAGGACACGGCGCAGAGCUUCACCUUCGGCUGCGCCCACGGCCUGGACGAGGACGGGCUCUACUGCAACGGCUGCCUGGCCCAGCAGUGCAUCAACAUCCAGGACACCUUCCCGGUGAAAAGAACCAGCAAAUACUUCUCCUUGGAUCUGACCCACGACGAAGUCCCCGAGUUCGUGGUCUGAGCGUGGGGAGGCUCCGAGGCCGCCUUCCCCCAGCCCUGCCCCGCUCCCCGCGAGCCACGGGAAGCGUGGUGCUGGAGGAUUUAUCCGGAUCAGGGGCGGGAUGGGGCACGGAGAGCAUUCCCAGAGGAGUUUGUGCCAAACACAAGUUGUCUUAUUCCGACUGGCCGGAGCACGGCUCGGUCGGAGCCGGCAGAAGCCCAGCCGAGUUUUCUCGUGGCGAGGUGGCCUCUCCCCCUCCUUGCCCCCAGGUGACUCUGGGGUGGCUGGAAAGUGCCAGACUGUCGUGUUCAAGCCAAGCCAAAGAAAUGUAAAUAACCCUAAAGGCCAGUAUGGGAAGGGAGAAUUAAGCAAUAACCAGCCGGGGAUCUCCGGGCACGGUGAUGUUCCAUGGAGGAAGGCACGGCCAGCAGCUCCUGGGGCAGAGCAUGAUCCCAGUUUUUCCAAAAAAAACACGUGCUGGAGGUCAGCCCACAGCAGUCCCAGCCAGGUGGAUGAUGGCUGGAAGCUCUCAGAGCCAUUUGCAACUUAUUUUUUAUCUUUUUCUUUUCUAGUUUUGUUUUUUUUUGGGGGGGAGCAAAACCCCAAAACCAAAAAAAAAGAAAAAACAACCAAAAAUCCCCAACCCCCCAAAAAAAAAGAGGAAGCAAUGGAGGAUGGAAAAUAAUAAAUCCCCAAUAAGGAUAAUGCAAUAAUGCAUCCCAAACAUUGAAUAUCUAGAGGAUACAUAUAUAAAUAUAUCGAGCUAUGUAUGUUUAUAUAUGUCUGGAUCUUAUAGACCCAUUUGCAUUUUAUCCCUGCUCUGAAACACCUUUUAUACAAAGGAUCUGCCUCUUUUCUUUCACAAACUCUUAUCAAGAAUCCUGAUUUUUUUUUUCCUAAGCACUAAGGUGAGAAAACAGACUUUCCUCUCGAGGAGAACGUGCAUCCAACCGCCUCGUCCGUGUGGCUCUUCCCGCUGCAUUUCUCUUCUCCCAAGGCUUUUUCAUGCGUCUUUAGGUGUCUUACAGCUGGAAAAAAUCCUGCCAGAGGAUGGUGGUGAUGUGCUAGGAAAAUCCAGGGGUGGUUUCUGAGCGUGUCCCAGGGAAGGCAGCCAGCCCAGGUGGAAUAUUUGCCGUCGGUGAAGCGUUGCAGAGUUAAUUAUCACAGCACAAUGCCUUUGUAGUGGAUGUUUUUAAUUAGAGUUUA